AUUGGUGUUGGACUCCUCUCAAUUCAUUCGUAAUGAGUUUCUUGAAUCUACCACCGCCUUCCCUUCAUCCUCUCCUCAAUCACAACCACACGUCUCACUCAUCCCUCCCCUUUCGUCCUCACGCCACCCCCAUUCACCGCAGUUUAACGCUACCUUUCAUUUUCCGGCACAAAUUCAUCUCACCUAAACGAGUCGUAUAUUCAAUUUUACAAACUGACGAUGGUGUUGCAACAUGUUCAGCGGAGCCUGAUAAUCCUAAUAAUGAUGUCAAAAUUGUGGCUAUCGUCGGAGAAGGUGCCGUCAGUCCUCUCAAAUCAGCAUCCUGGCUUGAUGUUAUGCUCCACACUGCAAACCGAUUAAAAUGGGUUGAUGAAGACCACGAGAUGCGGGUAUUCACAGACAACAUCUCUGACUCCAACACAAGUGUUGAAAAUCUUGAAAGGGCGUUAACAUCCGCCAACCUUUUGCUCAUUGUUUCCGUGACAAAACCAGACCCCGUGAAAUGGAUUCAACCUUACAUCCAGAAAAUCCAAAAUGUAUUCUGCUUCGAUUCGUCACCCGCAUUACAAAAUAAACUUGGCGGAUCAUUUGUUCCAAAAGAAAAAAACAAUAACAUAUUCAACAGAAUAAGCAAUAAAAAAACAAACGAGACAAUAGAGCUAGCACAAACUAUAUCAGAAGCAUGGAUCCGGAAUAACUCGGAUGAUAUACGGUUCUGUUUAUUAGUCAUUAUAAAUUCUUACAUAAAACCUGUUGCCAUUUUAAAGAAUUUACGGGCUCAAGGCUUUUCAACCCUAAAUUGCAUGGUGAAAAACUGUGGACGUCAAGUUCUAAACUGUCUCCUUGAUCCUGACUGCAGAAAAGCUCUUGAAUGCUUGAAUCAAUGUAGCCCGGUUGACCAGGUAUGCAACUAUCAAUGCAUUGCUUCGUACGAAAGCCCUAUUCUUGAAGAAUUUUCACUUUGUGUCCUUCAAAAACACAAUUGUCUGGAUUUAGACGCGAAAAUUCCUGAAAAGCCGUUGGUCCCACCGAUGGUCAACUUCCGGGGUGAAAUAUUAUCCCAUGAGAUGGCCGAGGAUCUUUUUGUAGGGUGGCUGGGGGUGGGGGAUUUCAAGUGGAGUUGGCGGGUGGUUUCUGGUCAAAAUCCGGCAUACGAUCAGUUCCCGUGUCAGUAUCAGCUUUUUUAUCGGGGAAAGGCGAGGGGUUCGUUUUGGUACGAGCCUGUUUUUCAAGUUAAAACGUUGGAUGGUAAGCUUGUGUGGAGGAGACGAAAGUAUAGGGUUAAAAGAGGGAAAGUAGUGGGUACGUUUUAUUUUAGUGUGUUGGAUAAUGGAGUUGUGUCGAAUGAGUAUUGGACGAUUGUGGAUGUGGCCGAGGAUUUUAGUUGGGGUUUGUUUCAUUAUAGUGGUGCGGCUCGGGUUGCAGGGCAGUGUUACACGGGUGCUGUGCUUGUCAGUCCAAAUGGGGAAUACCCAAAUGAGAGGGAGAAGGAUAGGUUACUUUUGGCUUUGGAUAGAUGUUGUAUUAAGGAGUGGGAGUUGUUUGAUGUUAAUAAUUGUUCCUGUAAAGAUCCGCCAUUGGGAGUGCCCGAGGGUUCACAUUUGCAUGCCACGCUUAAGCUCAAUCAUCAAAACUGAUGCUCAGCUAGCAAACUCGAAACUAGUAGAAAAGAACUGAA